ACACCGCGGAAAGGGACGAGAAUAGUAGUUGGCGGGGGGGGAGACGAAAAAAAAGAAAAAAAGAUUAAUCUGUCAAAGGCAAAAUUUGUGUUCGAGAUGAGCGCGCUCUGACGUCCGUCGGAGAGUAGACGAGGCGACGCAGGCGGGCGAGCUGCGGCGGAUGCUCGGGGGAUUCUGGCGAGCGGAGCAGGUGGCGCUUGUGUAAUCGUCCGGAGGUCUCGUCGCUCGUCUCCGCCGCCCGAUCUGCGCGCGUCGUUUCAGCACUUGGACAGCGACCGGGACCUGUCGGGCCGCCGAGGAACACCGAGGGCAUCCUGAGGCGGGUCGGUCCGACCAUCGCUUGGCUCGGGGCAAUGCGCGGCUAGAUGACUUCACUACAUCAACAAGCAGCGCGGUAUCCCGGACUAAUAUAGCAGCGGCACACCCCCCCACCCCACCCCACCCCCACCCCCCUCCUCUCUCGUCUCUCGUCUCUCUCUCUCUGUCCAUUCGCUGAUCCCGAGUCCCUUCCGACUAGAGGCACCAUGGGAAACCGUGGCAUGGAGGAGCUGAUCCCGCUGGUCAACAAGCUGCAGGAUGCCUUCAGCUCCAUCGGCCAGGCGUGCAACCUGGACCUGCCGCAGAUCGCGGUGGUCGGCGGCCAGAGCGCAGGGAAGAGCUCCGUGCUGGAGAACUUUGUGGGCAGGGACUUUCUACCCCGUGGAUCCGGUAUUGUUACCCGCAGGCCCCUGGUUCUGCAGCUUAUCAGUGCCACUGCAGAAUGGGCCGAGUUCCUCCACUGCAAAGGGAAGAAGUUCACAGACUUCGAUGAGGUUCGCCAGGAGAUCGAGGCGGAGACAGAUCGUGUCACUGGGGCCAACAAAGGCAUUUCUCCCGUCCCGAUCAACCUGCGGGUUUACUCCCCGAACGUACUGAACCUGACUCUCAUCGACCUGCCGGGCAUCACUAAGGUGCCGAUCGGAGACCAGCCCGCCGACAUCGAGCAGCAGAUCAGGGAAAUGAUCAUGCAAUUCAUCACCAGAGAGAGCUGCUUGAUCCUGGCCGUCACUCCGGCUAACAGUGACCUGGCCAACUCUGACGCCCUGAAACUGUCGAAGGAGGUCGACCCCCAGGGACUGAGGACUAUUGGAGUGAUCACCAAACUGGAUUUGAUGGAUGAGGGCACAGAUGCCCGAGAUGUGCUGGAGAACAAGCUGCUGCCACUGCGAAGAGGCUACAUUGGAGUGGUGAACCGCAGCCAGAAAGACAUUGACGGGAGGAAAGACAUCAAGGCGGCUUUGGAGGCCGAGAGGAAGUUCUUCUUGUCCCACCCAGGUUAUAGGCACCUGGCUGAGAAAAUGGGAACCCCACGGCUGCAGAAAGUGCUCAACCAGCAACUGACCAACCACAUCCGGGACACGCUGCCAGCGUUCCGCAGCAAGCUGCAGUCCCAGCUGUUGGCUCUGGACAAGGAGGCCGAGGAAUACCGGGGAUACCGACCCGAUGACCCGUCUCGCAAAACCAAGCAGCUGUUGCAGAUGGUGCAGCAGUUCUCCGUGGACUUUGACAAGAGGAUUGAGGGAUCAGGGGACCAGGUGGACACAGUGGAGCUGUCUGGUGGAGCAAAGAUCAACCGCAUUUUCCAUGAGCGUUUCCCCUUCGAACUGGUCAAGAUGGAGUGUGAUGAAAAGGAGAUGCGACGUGAGAUUAGUUACGCCAUCAAGAACAUCCAUGGUAUCAGGACCGGACUCUUCACCCCCGACAUGGCGUUCGAGGCCAUUGUGAAGAAGCAGGUCAUAAAGCUGAAGGAGCCCUGUGUCAAGUGUGUGGACAUGGUCAUCCAGGAGCUGAUUAACACCGUGCGCCAGUGCUCCAACAAGCUGGAAUGCUUUCCGAUGCUGCGCGAGGAAACCGAGAGGAUUGUGACCUCUCAUAUCCGAGACAGAGAGAGCCGGGCCAAGGACCAGGUCCUGCUGCUAAUUGACAUCCAGCUCUCUUACAUCAACACAAACCACGAGGACUUCAUUGGCUUUGCUAAUGCGCAGCAGAGGAGCAGUCAGUCAGUCAAGAGCCAGAGUUCGGCAGGAAAUCAGGUCAUUCGCAAAGGCUGGUUGACCAUCAACAACAUCAGCAUCAUGAAGGGAGGAGCCAAAGAGUACUGGUUUGUGCUGACUGCAGAGAGCCUCUCCUGGUUCAAGGAUGACGAGGAGAAGGAGAAGAAGUACAUGCUCCCCCUGGACAACCUGAAGGUCCGCGACGUGGAGAAGAGUUUCAUGUCCAGCAAGCACAUAUUCUGCAUUUUCAACACGGAGUCGAGGAAUGUGUACAAGGACAAUCGCACCUUGGAGUUGGCCUGCGACGCUCAGGAUGAUGUGGACAGCUGGAAAUCUUCUCUCCUUCGUGCUGGAGUCUAUCCUGAGAAGACCAUUACGGUUGAGAGUGAGACCACCACAGCCACAGAUAACUUCUCCAUGGACCCUCAGCUGGAGCGUAAAGUGGAGACCAUUCGUAACCUGGUGGACUCCUACAUGGCUAUUGUCAACAAGUGCAUCCGGGACCUCAUGCCGAAGACCAUUAUGCAUCUCAUGAUCAGCAAUGUGAAGGACUUCAUCAAUGCAGAGCUGUUGGCCCAGCUGUACUCUGCAGGGGACCAGAAUGCCCUGAUGGAUGAGUCCCAGGAGCAGGCCCAGAGGAGGGACGAGGUGCUGAGGACCCACCAGGCCCUGAAGGAGGCCCUGGCAAUCAUUGGCGACAUCUCCACCUCCACCUUCACCGUCCCCAUGCCUCCGCCUGUCGACACAUCCUGGGUGGGAGGAACCAGCGGUGGUCGCAGGUCUCCUCCAGCCAGUCCCACUGCCCCCAGGAGGAUGUCUUCAGGCCAGCGCCCGGCUCCCCGAGGGGCCCCGCCACCACCAAAUCGCCCAGGACCCCUGGGCCCUUUCAAUAACACUGCUGACAGCCCUCAGGCUCCCAGCCGCCCGAACAGGGCACCUCCUAGCAUCCCCAACCGGCGGCCCCCUCCAUCUCCUACACGACAAGCCCCACCAUAAUCAUCCAAAGAGGGUUCCUCGCCGUCCUGCAUCCACCUCACCCCUCCUCCCUUAGCCAUAGUCCUGCUGUCCCCGUCCUCUCCUUAGUGCAGACACAGACGUCUUUGACCCCCUUGACCCCCCCGAUUUCCUGCCAAGUGACGGUGUCCAUAUAUCUAUGUACAGUUAUGGUACUUGUCUUGUGGUGUAUGUAUACGUGCGCUCGUUCCUCGCCUGUGGUCCAGGUUUGCUUAGCAGAUCCACUACCUACCCGCCAGUCCCUGGGACCUCUCCACUCCCACCGACCCCUUCACCCGGUCAGCCACCAUCCCCACUUGCUGCUUCUUCAUAAAAAUAUGCCCAGCAGUCGUACUGCCCUACUCAUUCCAAGAUGCAGCAUGGCACAUAAGCUGCUUUUAUUGCAUGGGAAUGUAUGUGUGUGUGUGUGUGUGUGUGUGUCUGCGUGUGCGUGUGCGUGUGUGUGUGUGUAACCAGGGGAGGGAUUAAUUUGCCUAUAUGUAGGCCGAGUUUGAUUUAGUAUUGUAUUAAUUUAUUGUAUAUUACCCCUCUACGGUAAGUGUUAAUUAUCAGCUUAAUGUUCUCUUAGGGACAGAUGUUGUAUCUUAGUAUGUGUGUGUGUGUGUGUGUGUGUGUGUGUGUGUGUGUGUGUGUGUGUGUGUGUGUGUGUGUGUGUGUGUGUGUGUGUGUGUGUUUGUGUGUGUGUGUGUGUGUGUGUGUGUGUGUGUGUGUGUGUGUGUGUGUGUAAGUAAGUGAGUGAGUGUUGUGCGCGAGUCAUCUUGUGUGUACAUGUGUGCGAGUGCGUGAGGACGUGUGUGCAUGUGCUGUCCGUCUGCACGUUUGUUGGCGUUUCAGUUGUACUUGUUUUCAUGGUCAAAGCUGUUAAUAAUGAAUCAUAAAAACCCCGUCCGGGGGUUAAAUUUAAUGUUGGACUUUUGUGAGUUGUUCCUGUGUUGUUGUAGUAGCAGCCAUACACACUUAGCAAGGCUGAGGAGCACCUUCAGUAUUCUCUCUCUAUGGAAAAACACAGCCUCAAUAAUGCAUUUAACCUUGUCAUACAGUAGGUAUCCACCUGUGCUGUAUCAAUGGUCAACGUGUGACCCAUGCAACCGUACGCUCUGAUCCAGACGCUGACUGCUGACGUUGAACUUGCCACUUCAAAUUUUUAAAAAAAACAACAGCAGCUGUUGCGACCUACGUGGCAAAACACAAGAUCCACCACAAAUGAACAAAGAACAUUCAUUACAGGUUUUCCAUUUAGCCUUUUUCUCAGGUCUGAAACAUGCAAACUCCAUGUGCAUCACAAACAUCCAAUCUGUCUCUUUCCUCAACUUUUCUCAACACCCCCCCCCCCCCCCCCCCCCCCCACUACUCCAAAACCAUCAAAGCCAGACAGUCAGUCAGUCAGUCAGCCAGCAUGUGCAUCAGAGCUUAAGGUGGUGUUGUCAUUGUUCAAGUGCUUCUCUGUCCGGUUGUUAUUGUGUAUUUGGACCCAAAUUGUGUUCUGAUGUGUAUAGGUAAUGAUAAGGACAUACUGUACCUGUGGACUAAGACGACCUCAUCCAGGAUCCUACCGCUUUAAUCGUUCUGUCUCUAUUCACUAAAUACUCUCUUUUCUCUUUAGACUGCCUUACCGGCAUGAAUUACAAUUCUGUAUUGCCAAAGCUAAAUGUAGAAAGAGAAUCGUGAAGUUGAAAAAUAAAAAAAAUAAAUGAUGCUCGAGACUGACACACGGUAAUGGUUCCAGGUGUAGUGAGAUGCAGUUGUUUAGAAGAGGGCAUAAUGUUAAACAGGGGAAUUGCAUCAGUUGUUAUUUUUUGUGUCUCUGUAUCGCUCCUCAAUAAACUUCUUCCUCAUAAUGUCACAA